GUUCGGAGAAAAAGUGUGUCACUGGGACACGAGGCACUCCCCGGGGGUCACAUGGUCCCGUUUUCAGCCCCGUGCUAGCAGGCAUGCAGUGCGUCCUCGUUCCUUUCCUAAGGAUGAGGGAGACUGAGAAAAACCAGACCGGCUUGGGAACUGCGGUCAGACCUCCACGGAUAGAGCCAGUGACAGCAUAGACGCUUUUCGUAAUUGUUUUCGCUGGCAGUGCUCACAGAGAAGUGAUUCACAUUACGCGGGAACUUGCUCGAUAGCAGAUGCAUCCUUUGGUAGUUUAUUAACCUUGGUUCUAAGUAUUGUAAUGAGUAUUCGAACUCAAAUAUAGCUUUUAUUAUAAAGAGGAACAUAAUGACAUCGUUAUAACAUAGAAGAGGACCUUCUUUUUGCCAAGAACCUAGCCAGAAGGGAAAUUAUCCUUUCCUAAACUGUUUUCUAUUUUCACCGAUAUCUAUAUGAAUGUUUUGGAGCUCAGGAUGGCAACAACAGCAAUGGACACAAAUAACAACAAUACAGGGGGCGUAAUCUCCUACAUCGGCUCCAGUGGCUGCUCACCGAACCGCACCAGCCCAGUGUCUAUGUACAGCGAGAACUCCUUCGGAGCCUCCUUCCCACCCUCCCCCAACGGUUCCCAGGGCUUCUCCAAUGCCUACUCCGGCAGUGGCAGCUCCAGCUCCUCCAAUGGUGAUGAUGGCAACUCCUCUUCCGGCUCCGGAGGGUCCCCGAGGCCUAGGGGUCGUAAUGACAGCAGCAUUUCUCGCUGCUCCCCCAGCAAGUCCGUGGCAAACCUUACCAAACUGAAUGGGAUGGUGCUGCUGUGUAAAGUGUGUGGAGACUUCGCCUCAGGCUUCCACUAUGGGGUCCAUGCCUGUGAGGGCUGCAAGGGAUUCUUCCGACGCAGUAUCCAGCAGAACAUCCAGUACAAAAAGUGCCUGAAGAACGAGACCUGCACCAUCAUGAGGAUUAACCGCAACCGCUGCCAGCAGUGCCGCUUCAAAAAGUGUCUGUCCGUGGGCAUGUCCCGCGAUGCUGUUCGCUUUGGCAGAAUACCCAAGCGUGAGAAGCAGCGCAUGCUGGCAGAGAUGCAGAGCACCAUGAACAGCAUGAACAACAUGCAAAACGAGUUCCAGCUGGCCAGCCUGACUCACAACUCUCCCCCUUCUCCCACUUCCUCUUCUCCCUGCCCGGGUCUGACUGUGGCACCCCAGCCUCAGGCCCUGCCUUUUGCCCCUUCCCCCUCUCCUCCAGUACAAGCCCCUGCUUCCACUCUGCCCCCACCAUACAACCAAAGCCCGCCACUGUUGGCCAGCUCUCCACCCCUGUGCCCCAGCCCUGGGGUGGACUGCACCAUAACGGCCAUUGCCCGGGCGCACCGUGAGACCUUUGUUUACGCCCACGACAAGCUGGGCGAUUCCGCGAGACUGCAUAACGGAGAGAUGGACAACUGGGGCUCCAACUACUGUCCUGCUGGCUACCACCAGAACAGCCUCAACACAAUCUACCACAACAACAACGUGGCCCUCCAGAACCAUGGCUUCCAGGCCAUGUCUGACAGACAUCACCAGAACAACGGCAAGCAGUUCCACAACAGCAACCUGUUCGGGAGCCACCAAAGCAUUGAGACUAGCAGCGUCCCCCAGGGCCAGAACUUCCCAUGGAAAACCCACAAGGACAUUGUCCUGGCAUGUCCAAUGAACAUGUACCCCCAAGCCGAACCCAACAAGACCACCCAGGAGAUCUGGGAGGACUUCUCGCUCAGCUUCACGCCGGCUGUGCGUGAGGUGGUGGAGUUCGCAAAGCACAUUCCAGGGUUCAGUGCACUCUCCGAGAACGACCAAGUCACCCUGCUCAAGGCCGGCACCUUUGAGGUCUUGAUGGUGCGCUUUGCCUCCCUCUUCAAUGUGAAGGAGCAGACUGUCACCUUCAUCUCGGGUACCACCUACAGCCUGGAGGCCCUGAAGGGCAUGGGCAUGGGAGGCCUGCUAGACACCAUGUUUGAAUUCAGCGAGAAGCUCAACUCCCUGGAGCUCACGGCCGAGGAGCUGGGUCUCUUCACCGCUGUAGUGCUAGUGUCUGCAGAUUGCUCAGGCAUCGAGAGCCUAAACUCAGUGGAGCUGCUUCAGGAGUCUAUGAUCAUAGCGUUGCGUGCCCUGGUCAGCAAGAGCAACCCCUGCGACGCCUCUCGCUUCACCAAGCUGCUGCUCAAGAUGCCCGACCUGCGCACACUCAACAACAUGCACUCAGAGAAGCUGCUGUCCUUCCGCAUCGACGUAUAAGACUGUCACCACUGAUGACAAGAAAACCCGUCUGGACUCGUCGCCCAUCUCCACCUCACAGACAGUGGUGGUUGGGCGGCUAAGGUUGCGGGGCAAGUUGGGGGAGGUGACAGGGGAUCUGAUUCCACCUGCUCGCUUACUCCCUUCAGGGACACCCGCCUCCGAGUUGACUGAUGUGUGCAUCAGCCAAUGACAUGGCCGAAAGACAGUGACUGACAACUGAUAGGGGUAAGGCCAAUAGACCCAUGGAGAUUAGGGAGACAAAGCCCUCUACAUAAAUUAUUUUUGGAGGUUGGGGUGGUCGCAGCUCAAAACUGCCCAGAACAAGUGCCCCCUCUACACCAGCCGGUCUAAAGGGGCCAGAGACCAUUUGUCGGUUGAGCUGAACCAAAAGCAGCAAUUGGGCUUUACUACCCCACAUGUCCAGCUAGGCCUGGUUCCUUCCAAGAGUCUGCUAGAUGCAUUUUAAAACCAUCUGCUCUGUUUUAUCAUGACUGUAAAUAAUUAGUAAAAUAUGUGCAGUGUUGUAAACUUUAUUCAUACUCCAAACUGAGUUUGUACAAAUUUGUAAAUGUCUAGCUACAAACAUCAAUAAGCUUACUUGAAAUGUUUGAAAAAUGUGUAUAAUAUAUAUAUUUUUUGGUUAAGAUUAAAUUCUCUAAUGCUCAUAGUUAUAAAUGUGUGGGUACAAAUGUAUAAAAUACAAAUUGAGUAUGCGUACAAAAAAUAAUAUCCAGAACUGUAUUUCAAAAAUGUUUUAUGUAAUGAAGGCAUUAUACAAAAAAAUACUUAUUUGAAUUCCUUUGUGUGAUCUUUUUCUGUAGUACCGAUCUUGUUAUUCUACAUCUGACUGGGUUAGAGAGACCUAGCUUUUAGAGGGCUGUGCUAUGUAAUCAGUAAGCCACAGGUC